ACAUUAGAGACGUUUGUAUGGAUUUUGAACCAUGUUUCAAGGUCCAUAACAUGGUCUCUGUUCACCCUAGCUAAAAGCAUCAAACUUGGUCAAAUGACUAAUCUCAACAUUACCAGGUCAUGGGCUCCUGACACUACUUGGUCUUGGUACGGUCAGUUUAUCGAUUGGUUAAAAUUUGAAACUCAACCCCGGUUUCCUGUGCAAUUUCGGAAUGGCUGAUAAAGACUGGUGAUGACAACAUUUUCGCGCCAUUUUCCGGGCAAGUUUGACCUUGUUGCAGUUGUGACACAGUAGUGGCCGCCAUCUUUGAACGAGAGAAAGCGAAAUUUUGUACGGAUAUUCAAUGUCACAAAGAGAAAGACGGCGAAAAAAACCAUCAAGCUCUGAUGGGCAAGACACAACAGCGAAUAAAGUUAAAGCAAAAAAGGCAAAAGUUGAUACAAAUGGAACGUUGGAUACAGCAGCAUCCGACACACGGAAUCUUAAAUCUGUAAUUUGGGAGAGAGAAGCUGAUAAAUCCACAUGGACAAAGUAUUCUGCUGAUCAAGUUACGAUUAUUAAUGAAGCCUUCAAAAGUGGAAAGACAGAAGCUGAUUUCACUGAUGGCAAAUCAGAAGUGACACUAAUAUUUGAGAGGAUGGUCCAAAGAAAUAAGAAGAGUGGAUGGGAAAAAAGAAUCCGUUGUGUUUUGGCAGAUGGGAGUUCAGAUCCUGAUGAGCAUACUUGGGAAUGGGAAGAUGCCAAGGGUAACUGGACAGAAUACUCCAAGCCUACAGUUUACCUUUUGGAGGCAGCAGUAUUGUUUGGGUUAACCAGCAUCAGAUUCAAAGAGGAUAAAAAAGAACUGAUGGUGGAUCUGACUAAGAAAGUUCAAACAACUAAAGCAGGAAGAGCAGCGAAGAAUGUUCAUCGGAUCAAGACUAGUGAUGCAGCUUCAAAGGUGUCUUCAAAAGUAGUCAAGGCAGACAAAAGUGUAAAAAAAGAAAACUCAGAUAUCAAAAAGGAAGAAGCUGCAGCCAAAGUAAAAUCUGAGAAUGGUGAAGUGAAGUCACUUGUGUUCAGUGGUAGGGCCCCAGUUGAUAGUUUGUGUGGCAUAAAGGACAACACCCAUGUGUUUACUGAGGGUGACGAUAUCUGGGAUGUGAUGCUUAACCAGACAAAUGUCAUGAAUAACAAUAAUAAGUACUAUCUCAUCCAAUUGUUGGAGGACAACCGAGCCAAGAAGUAUUAUGUCUGGCAAAGAUGGGGGAGAGUUGGGUUCAGUGGUCAAAACAACUUAGUUACAUGUGGAGCAGAUCUUGAGGAGGCUAAAAAGGUUUUUACAAAAAAAUUCACAGAUAAAACAAAAAAUCACUGGGAAGAUAGACAAAACUUUCAAAAAGUUCCAGGAAAGUAUGACCUUCUGAUCAUGGACUACAAUGCUGAUCAGGAGGAGAAGGAUGCUGUUGAUGCACCCAUCAAAGAAGAAAAACCUGUGUUAGAAAGCAAGUUAGACAAGAGAAUCCAGAACUUGAUAGAACUCAUUUGCAAUGUACAGGCCAUGGAGGAGAUGCUGAAAGAGAUGAAGUAUGAUACAAAGAAAGCACCUCUUGGAAAGCUUACCACAGAUCAGAUCAAGGCUGGUUAUGAGGCAUUGAAGAGGAUUGAUACCUGCAUCAGAAACAAUGACUUUGGCUCUAAACUGGUGAAAGCAUGUGAUGAAUUUUACACAAGGAUUCCUCAUUGUUUUGGAAUGAAAAGACCACCACUAAUAAGAACGACAGAGGAAGUCAAGAUCAAGUUGGACUUGUUAGAGGCCUUGGGGGAUAUCCAGAUUGCUAUCAAAGCCUUACAAGAUGAGGAGGAAUCUCUUGAACAUCCAGUGGACAAGCACUACAAAACACUGCACUGUGCUAUGACACCACUUGAUCAUGAGCAUAAUGAUUUCAAGAUGAUUGCUAAAUAUCUGGAGAAUACUCAUGCUACAACUCACAAUCAAUAUCACAUGGAAUUGCUGGAUGUGUUUGCACUGGAACAUGAGAAGAAAACCUUCACUGAUGUGGGAAAUAGGAUGCUUCUUUGGCACGGAUCACGUUUAACAAACUGGGUUGGCAUUUUAAGUCAGGGAUUGAGGAUUGCUCCCCCAGAAGCUCCCGUGACAGGUUACAUGUUUGGAAAGGGUAUCUACUUUGCUGACAUGUCAUCAAAGAGUGCAAACUAUUGCUUCGCAACAAGAUCAAAGAAUGUCGGCAUACUUUUACUCAGUGAGGUUUCUCUUGGGAAGUGUAACGAGCUACUGGCUGCAGAUUACACAGCUGACAAGUUACCAGCUGACUGCCAAAGUGUCAAAGGCCUGGGUCGAGUUGCGCCCGAUGCAGAGGAUUCUUACACAUUGCCAGACGGAGUUGUUGUCCCUUUUGGUAAAAGUACUGACACUGGAGUAGUGAACCCGCGUGGAUACACACUAAACUAUAACGAGUACAUAGUAUACAACACGAACCAGGUGCGAAUGCGGUACCUGGUGAAAGUAAAGUUUAACUUCAAAUAAAUACCUUCUGGCAUCGUUCAUGGAUAUAUCAAAGAAGAGAUUUUAUUAUUGGCCUCUGUGGACGUCCAGAUAUAGUAUACUGGCUGACAUAUUUAUACAAGAGACAGUGGUUGUUUACCAUUUACCCAAAAAUUCUGAAAAUUUCGAUCAAAAUGUAGAUGGUAAUACGAUUUUGCCGCGACCAACUGGAAAAUUUCAGAAAUAGUGGUACGUCUUGAAAGGUAGGCUAAAAUUUCUAACCAAAAUAUCCGAAUGGAAAAUGUGCUUUCCAUUUACAAUUCUUCACCAGUUUCAGCCGCCAUCUUGGAAUUAUGAUCAGGUCGAACUCAUCCUAGGCUCUCUCGGUAAAUUGGGGUUGUUAGGUAAAUGGUAAUUGUAAAUGGCUAAUCCGGACGGAAUUUUAUACCACCAGGGAUUUUUGCUUACCACUUGCACAAACCGUUGAGAACCGGUUUCUCUGCGAAAAUGGUAAACAACCAUUUUAUUUCGAUUUGAAAGAUUGAAUAUUUGAAAACGACUUGGAUCUUAGCACUCGUAGCGCUACUUGUAACACCUCUUUUCAAUAGGUCUUCAUUUUUGCCUGGUUCUUGUGCUGGGAUCACCUUCAGGGGCACCCAACGGAUCGUUUCGGUAAAUUAUCUGUUCGGAAGGCCUUUAAUCCCCUCUGA